GAGGGAAAGUUGGGACCUGGCGGCGGGGACGCCCCCGGGCGCAGCUGGAAGGCUGCUGGCGAAAGUGAAGCCUGGAGGAGGUGGACGCGGUGAGGCUAGGGCAGGAAGGACGCCUCUCGUUCCUGCGAAGUCUGCACGGACAUCCCCAUCCACCUCCAAACCCGAGGAUCCGGCGCAGCCUGGCCAACAGCUCUAGGGCGAAACCCGGUGGCUCUUCGCCUGCUCACUUCGCUCUGCGGCUUGUGAACCCCUAUAACGUGCGGGUUUGCUUGGUUAUUUGGGGGUUUUGAGUGGUUCGUGAGGUGUCUGCCUAAACUGGAACUUAUGCUAUAAAUAUUUUUCUGUGGAUUUUUCUGAAAACCCAAGACCCUACAGCCCUAGGUUAAGAAUCCUGGGAUUAAUAUAAUGGUGUCAGCAGAAGACAUUGCUGUGGACCAGGGAGUGAAUUUGCUUGAGGGCAAAGACUAAAAGGGGACACCAUAGGGAAAAGAAUAAUUGAGGCCCAUUCCUAAGGAAAGAAAAGGAAGCAAUGACAUAAUGCCUACAGUUGGUGCCAGUUAAAUUGGUAAACACCACUGUCUUCAGAAAAUAAGGAAUGAGAGGCAAGGAAGAAAGGACAUUCAUCCAUCAUGGAAGGACCCAAAGCACUUUGAAAUUUGAAGGAAUGUAAUUAUAGCUGCUAAAACCACCUUUGUCACCGAAAUGGAUGAAGUACUUCAAAUUUAAAUGGUUGAUCACACUUACAAGAGCUGCUAAGGAACACAGGGGAGGUGAAAACUAACAGAUGAAAGUUUUGCCAUGCACUGAAAGGAGAGCAUUGUCUGUGAAGUUCUAUUUUUAAAAAUGUCUGCUUGUAAUACCUUUACUGAACACGUUUGGAAACCUGGUGAAUGCAAGAACUGCUUUAAACCUAAAAGUUUACACCAGCUGCCCCCAGACCCUGAGAAGGCACCCAUCACCCAUGGCAAUAAAACUAAUGCCAACCACAGUAACAACCACCGAAUCAGGAACACUGGAAACUUCCGGCCUCCUGUGGCUAAAAAACCCACCAUCGCCGUGAAGCCGACUAUGAUGGUGGCAGAUGGGCAAAGUGUGUGUGGUGAGCUUAGUAUACAAGAACACUGUGAGAAUAAACCUGUCGUCAUAGGAUGGAACCGAAACAGGAUGGCCUUGAAUCAGAAACCACUUAAUAAUAAUAAUGAAGAUGAUGUUGAAGGAUUUAGCCAUGUCCCUAAGCCUUAUGGGAAUAACGAUAGUGCAAAGAUUUCAAAUAACAAUAAUGGACUAACUGAGGUAUUAAAGGAGAUAGCAGGCUUGGAUACCACCCCUCAAAUAAAACAAAAUGAGACUAACUCCAGAGAGACAUUCUUAGGAAGAAUAAAUGAUUGCUAUAAACGAUCCCUGGAAAGGAAGCUUCCACCAAGUUGCAUGAUGGGCGGGAUGAAGGAAACUCAGGGCAAGCACGUUAUUCUGAGUGGGAGCACAGAAGUGAUCAGUAAUGAAGGGGGUCGAUUCUGUUACCCAGAGUUUUCUAGUGGUGAAGAGAGCGAGGAAGAUGUGCUUUUGAGUAACAUGGAGGAGGAGCACGAGAGCUGGGAUGAAAGUGAUGAGGAACUGCUGGCCAUGGAGAUUCGCAUGAGAGGGCAACCUCGCUUUGCGAACUUUCGGGCAAACACUUUGUCUCCGGUGCGAUUCUUCGUGGACAAAAAAUGGAAUACUGUCCCCCUGCGAAAUAAAUCUCUGCAAAGAAUCUGUGCUGUAGACUAUGAUGACAGUUAUGAUGAAAUCCUGAAUGGUUAUGAAGAGAAUUCUGUGGUCUCCUAUGGACCAGGAAGCACUCAGAGCAUGGUGUCAUCUGACUCCACAUCCCCAGAUUCCUCUUUAACAGAAGAAUCACGUUCUGAGACAGCCAGCAGUUUAUCCCAGAAGAUCUGUAAUGGGGGAAUUGCUCCUGGUAACCCGGGAGAUUCUAAGGACUUGAAAGAAAGUGAGCCCAAUUAUGAAAGCCUGUCUGGUAAUGAUCAGGAGAAGGACUCCUCACAAGCCUCUAAAAGCUCGGUAAAAGUUCCAGAGACACACAAAGCAGUCCUUGCUCUCCGAUUAGAAGAGAAGGAUGGCAAGAUUGCCGUACAGACUGAGAAGCCAGAAAGUAAAGCCUCUACAGAUAUUGCUGGGCAGGCAGUAACCAUAAACCUUGUUCCUGUGGAAGAGCAAGCAAAGCCCUACCGAGUUGUGAAUCUGGAACAGCCUUUGUGCAAGCCGUAUACUGUCGUGGAUGUGUCAGCAGCUAUGGCCAGUGAGCACCUUGAGGGCCAUGUUAAUAGUCCCAAGACUAAAAGCUCAUCUUCUACUCCAAACUCUCCGGUGACAUCACCUGCAUUGACAUCAGGACACAUAAGUGCCCAUUUCCAAAAAUCCAGUGCCAUUCGCUACCAGGAAGUAUGGACUUCCAGCACCAGUCCACGACAGAAGAUACCUAAGGUGGAGUUAAUCAGCAGUGGGACUGGACCGAAUGUCCCUCCAAGGAAAAUCUGUCACAAAUCAGCACCUACUUCACCCACAGCUACAAAUGUUUCCUCCAAAACCAUCCCUGUGAAGUCACCCAAUUUGUCUGAAAUAAAAUUUAACAGUUAUAACAAUGCUGGUAUGCCACCUUUUCCAAUUAUCAUUCAUGAUGAGCCAACUUAUGCUCGGAGUUCCAAAAAUGCUAUCAAAGUUCCCAUUGUAAUCAAUCCAAAUGCGUAUGACAAUCUAGCCAUUUACAAGAGUUUUCUCGGAACCAGUGGAGAACUUUCAGUGAAGGAGAAAACCACAAGUGUAAUAAGCCACACUUACGAAGAAAUAGAGACUGAGAGCAAAGCGUCUGAUAACACUACUAGCAAACCCACUGAAUGUCCCCAAGCUAAAGGGUUUUCAAACAGCACAGAGCGUAAAAGGGGCUCAGUGGCUCAGAAGGUUCAGGAGUUUAACAGCUGUCUUAACAGAAGUCAGUCUUCACCACAGAGAAGCUACAGUUCUAGCCACAGCUCCCCAACAAAGCUCCAGAGAACCACUCAAGAGCCUGUGGCCAAAACAGAAAGCACUCAGGAGCCUCAGGGGGUGGGCAGUGGCAGUAGCACCCGAGAGAAAGCAAGCACUGUGCUUUCUCAGAUUGUGGCUUCUAUCCAGCCCCCGCAGUCUCCUCCAGAAAUGCCCCAGUCUGGCCCUAAAGCUUGCAGUGUAGAAGAGCUUUAUGCAGUUCCUCCUGAUGCCGGUGCUGCUAAGACUACACCCAAGAGUACACCGGUGCGCCCCAAAUCUCUCUUCACGUCCCAGCCCGGCGCUGAGGCUGAAGCACCUCAGACCACAGAAAGUCCUACCACCAAACCACAGAAAGAUCCACUCACAAAGCCAGUCGCCACCCCUCCCUCCAAAUUAGUGACUAACCCCCAAAGCGAGCCACCAGCCCCCUUUCCCCCACCACGCUCGACCUCCUCCCCUUACCAUGCAAGUAACCUUUUGCAGAGGCAUUUCACCAACUGGACCAAGCCAUCCAGCCCGACCAGGUCAACCGAAGCUGAAUCAGUUUUGCACUCUGAAGGCAGCAGGCGGGCAGCUGAUGCAAAACCUAAACGCUGGAUCUCAUUUAAAAGUUUCUUCCGCCGUCGGAAAACAGACGAGGAGGAUGACAGAGAAAAAGACCGGGAGAAGGGGAAACUGGUGGGCCUGGAUGGCACAGUCAUCCACAUGCUGCCACCUCCUCCAGUUCAGCGCCAUCACUGGUUCACAGAGGCAAAAGGAGAAUCCAGCGAGAAGCCAGCCAUUGUCUUCAUGUACAGGUGCGACCCUGCCCAAGGCCAGCUCAGCAUGGAUCAGGGCAAAGUCAGGGCAGAGCAGUCAGCAGUCACAGAGAAGGGUGGAGCAGAGGAGGGGUCACUACAGGACUCAGAGAAGAAGAAAAGGAGUCAUUCAUCUCCAUCACAGAUUCCUAAGAAAAUUCUCAGUCAUGUGACUCACGAAGUGACAGAGGAUUUUUCUCCUCGGGAUCCAAGAACUGUUGUUGUGAAGCAAGAUGGCGGGGGCUGCACUUCAGUCACACCAGCAUUGCACCUACCUGAACUGGAAAGAGAAGAGGAAAAAGAAGACAUUUCAGAUCCUCUGGACCUGAAUCCCUGUAGUGCAACAUACAGCAAUUUAGGACAAUCUAGAGCAGCCAUGAUACCUCCCAAGCAUCCACGGCAGCCUAAGGGAGCUUUGGAUGAUGCCAUCACCUUUGGCGGGAAAACAGACCAAGAAGCACCUAACGCUUUGCAACCAACACCACCCCCCCUGCCAAAGAAAAUGAUUAUAAGAGCCAAUACAGAGCCACUCUCCAAAGACCUCCAAAAGUCCCUGGAAACUACCCUUUGUGUCAUGGCUAAUCCCACCUACGAUAUCGACCCCAGCUGGGAUGCCAGCAGUGCUGGCUCCUCGGUCAGCUAUGAACUCAAGGGACUAGACGCUGAGUCUUGUGACUCCUUGGAGAGACCUUUGCACAAGGAGAGACGUGUGCCCUCAGCAGCAAACAGCAUCUCCAGCCUAACCACUCUCAGUAUUAAGGAUAGGUUUUCCAACAGCACAGAGUCCCUGUCCAGCCGGCGGGGUCCCUCCGGUAGACAGGCCCGGAGUAUCCAGAAGCCACAGAGACAAGCACUUUAUCGAGGACUUGAGAAUCGUGAAGAAGUGGUGGGUAAAAUCCGAAGCCUUCAUACAGAUGCUUUGAAGAAACUGGCUGUUAAAUGUGAAGACCUCUUCAUGGCUGGGCAGAAAGACCAACUCCGUUUUGGGGUAGAUAGCUGGUCAGACUUCAGGCUGACCAGUGACAAGCCAUGCUGUGAGGCCGGUGAUGCAGUUUACUAUACAGCUUCAUACGCAAAAGAUCCACUUAAUAACUAUGCAGUCAAGAUCUGUAAGAGCAAAGCUAAGGAAUCGCAGCAGUAUUACCACAGCUUGGCUAUCCGGCAGAGUCUGGCUGUCCAUUUUAACAUCCAGCAGGACUGCGGUCACUUCCUUGCCGAAGUUCCUAAGCGCCUGCUUCCCUGGGAGGAUCCCGACGCCCCCGAAGAGGAGGAGGAUGACAUGGAAGCAACGGAAGAGGUGAGAGGAGAAGCUGAUGGGAAGAGCCCAGACCUGGGCUCCGAAGCAGAGUCGUCGUCCCACAAAGAAAGCCAGGCAGUCGUCAGCAGGAAGCAGAGGAGCCACGUUGUGGUCAUCACCAGAGAGGUUCCCUGUCUCACAGUGGCCGACUUUGUGCGCGACUCCCUGGCACAGCAUGGGAAAAGCCCGGACGCGUACGAGAGGCAAGUGUGUCUGCUGCUUCUGCAGCUGUGCUCGGGCCUGGAGCACCUCAAACCCUACCACGUCACCCACUGCGAUCUGCGUCUGGAGAACCUGCUGCUCGUCCACUACCAGCCCGGGGGGCCCACCCAGGGCCUGGGGCCCACAGAGCCUAGCCCCACCCCGUCCUGUCCCACGAGGCUCAUCGUCAGCAACUUCUCCCAGGCCAAGCAGAAGAGCCAUUUGGUAGACCCUGAGAUCCUCCGGGACCAGUCCCGCCUCGCCCCCGAGAUCAUCACGGCCACGCAAUAUAAAAAGUGUGAUGAGUUCCAGACAGGCAUCCUCAUCUACGAGAUGCUGCACCUGCCCAACCCUUUUGAUGAGAACCCAGAGCUGAAGGAAAAAGAGUACACUCGGGCCGACCUGCCCCGCAUCCCACUCCGCUCCCCCUAUUCCCGGGGCCUGCAGCAGCUGGCCAGCUGCCUCCUGAAUCCCAACCCUUCUGAGCGGAUCCUCAUUUCAGAUGCCAAAGGCAUCCUCCAGUGUCUGCUCUGGGGUCCCCGGGAAGAUCUCUUCCAGACUUUCACUGCCUCCCCCAGCCCCGCUCACAGGAAUACCCUGCUCCAGAACUGGCUGGACAUCAAGCGCACACUGCUCAUGAUCAAGUUUGCCGAGAAGUCCCUGGACCGGGAGGCUGGCAUCAGCCUGGAGGACUGGCUUUGUGCUCAGUAUCUGGCUUUUGCCACUCCGGACUCUCUCAGCUGUGUCGUGAAAAUCCUGCAGCCCCGUUAACAUGUCCCGGUCCCUGCUCUUACUUCAUGUGUCACCUUCUUCAAGUUGCCCACACAUUUCCCCUUCCUGGUACUCAUACAGAAUUCAAGGAAAGAGGAGAGACAAGCCUUCCAUCCCCAUCCAAGUCCAGUGAGACGCUGAGUCCAUCUUAACAUUAGGGAAAGUCAGCCGCACAAAUGUGCAGCUGCCAUUCAUGGGAACACCUUCUGUCCUAACUGUCCCCAAGUGCCGGAAAUAUGAAGAUGCAUCCUUGAAGUGACAGCUCCUCUGGUUUGAACUCCAUGAGCUGGGUCAAGUUCUUCCAGAACUCUGAGUAUCACCUGUCUUUUUAACACCAUGUAUUUAUUCUCACUAGCAAUAGACAGAUUUAACCAGUACUUACCAUCAUCUACUAAACUUUCACAACAAACUCUUUUCCUUUAAAGGAUCAAUAAUUGGCUCUCUUACCAGGCAGAACUGCCAUACUUAGCAUCAGCACAGUUUUGGUUCCUGGAAUUACAUCCUUUGUUCCAGCAGAUGGUAGAAGGACAAGGAGAGAGAAUCCAUCCUUAGGGUCAUGCACCCAUUUGGUUUCCAUUAUCAGUAAGUGUGUGCACUGUAUGGAGGACGGCCCUCAGUCUCCCCUCGUGCUGCCACUGCCUGAAUCUCCUUCACCUUGGUUCUGUCCCCACUUGCCAGUGAAGUUUGGGUUUAUCAGCCCAUGACAGAGCUGACCCAAGGUGGUGUCACCAGUGCCCCAGCAGGGCAGAGUGCAGUUCAGAUCUUACAAAUAGCUAGCAAGACACAAGGAGAUGGUGCUCCUGCACGUGCAGUUCUCUAGGGGCCAUCAGGGGAACAGAGUUUAAAGGACUGUUCUUUGAUUACUGUCAGAGCUGUCAGCGUUGGCAGCCAGGGCUGCCAGUACCCAGAUCACAGUUUUCCCCUGAGCCAUAAUUGGCCAGCCUCCUUCUAUCAGCAGCCGGUGUUAACUAGUCUACCAAAUGCUGUAGACAACAGCUCUGCAUGGAAAUGGCUGUCCGUUGAGCCGUAACAUCUCCCUCAAGGGCAUGGUGUGGCUGGCUAUUAGGAUGGCCAGAAGGCAGAGGAAGGGGAGAAGGCCACUGAUGAGACCGCCGACCUCCUCUUUGCAAUGCCCACAUUGUCUAGAGAGACUGCCUCCCAGCUGCACGGGCACAUUGCUCCCGGUGACUCAGACACAGCACUGAGGGCAGCUCGUAGGGAGUUUGCAUUGCUGAGGUGGGUGGCCGAGAGCCGUUCACCCCGCAUGGGGUCUGUGCUCCCCUCCUAUGGAUACAUGUGCAAUUUUUGUAUGUAUUUUUUUUAGCUGUAUAUACAGUGUUUAUGUUGCAACUUCACCUGAAGCAAUAUCCACAGAAACCUUCCCCUUCUUCCCUUGGCACAUAUUUGCGCUGAGACGAGUGUCCCUUCCACCGUGUGUGUGUGUGUGUGUGUGUGUGUGUGUGUGUGUGUGUGUGUUAUUCAAAACUGUGAGUAUCUGUUCUGUUUACUUCAACUUUGAAAUCCCAAGAGUCACUCAGACAGUGUGAGUGUGUGUACACGUGUAUACCCGUGUGUGUGCACAUGCCCGCUGGAAGUAGAGGCCAGGCCUCUGGGGGAGCAACCUGUGGCAGGGUUGAUAGACACAUCCUCUGCCUGGUGGGCAAGACAGCCCUGAGCCCCGCAUCAGCCAGUGCAGAGCUUGUUAAAGCCAAGCCUGAUUGUGCAGUAUUACUUAGAUAGCACGUUAGUGGCCUUUUGGUAAUUUCUAAACUUUAAACAUUAUUAACCACCUUUCAUGUGAUUCACCUGUAUCAAAGAGGAUCAAGAAAGGAGAAGAAUGUAUUUUAUUGUGCUCUUCUUUGCUUCUUUUUCUUUUUUUUUUUUACGAGAAUGGGACCUGUGAGGCCCAUCUGGAGGAUGCCCCUGUCCUCCCGGCCAGCAGUUCAGGACUUCCAGGGAAGAGAGCUGGUUGGCCCACACAGAGUCUUGUCUCCUCUGGCCAGAGUGCAAGGCUCUGCUCCCUAGGAAUGGCCACAGGAUGGGCGCGCGCUGCAGGCCAGCCGUCCGCUCGCUCUCGGCGUCCUGCAACCUGGCCUCACUUUGCCUAGCAGGCUUUAUUAGGUUGACCUUAGCUAACCCACGUGCACAUAAGCCCCGCCCAGUUAUACACUGAAGUGGCAGCGCAGAGACCACUGGCCCUGCCAGCCAGCAUGCCCCCCGAGCAGCCUGCUCUCCAUGGAGACACGUCCUCAACGUCACUCUCACGCUGCCUUGCCCGUGUGAAUUUGAAUGUUGACUAUUUAAUGCAGUUUCAUAUUUAAUGAAGAAUGUUUCCUGGCCCCUUUGUUUGUUUUAUAGGUAUCCUUCACCACUACCACCCUCCUUUUUUUCUCCUGUUUCUGUUUUGACUUGGAUCCAGUCUUCUUCAUUUUAACUCGAUAAUAUUAUAAGCACGGACACCCUCCACUACCACUAUCUCAUAGCACUGGUGAACCGAGCACCUUUUCACAUUAGAUGCGUUUAGUACUGUUUUCAUGGUCGGACUUGUUAAGGGCAAAAGAUGAAUGCCAGCUGGUUAGGAAGGGACUCGGGCUCCUCCAAGACGGGUGGCUAGAUUAAUAGUUCUCUGAGUGAGGGCCAAAGAAUGUAAGGUGGGGAAGGACGAAGGUGUUACAGGUGAAAACGGAAUAGGCAAGAUAACCCUAUUUCUAGGCAAGAGGUAUUGUCAGAUGGUCCUCCAAAUAUUUUUCCAAAAUGAUGAAAUUCAAUGUCAUACUGACACAUAUAUUUUGCAUUUCCAUUUUAAUUGUAGCAGAAAAUUUGAAUUCAUUCAUCAACUGCAAAGAAAUCCUGCCCUCAGACACAGACAUACAUAUUUAUACAUAUAAUAUAUAUAUAUAUAUAUGAGUUUUGGAUUGUGACUAGUAUAGCACUUUAAGUUUUCUCAAGUAACAUCAAGUUAUUGUCUUCAAUACGGAUUGGAUUUUUUCUCUUCUUUUGAAGUCUGUACUAUAGAUUCUUCCAUGUAUAUUAAGAAUUUGAACAAUUAAGCCGCUAUUGGAACUUUUCCUUAAGCCACAUGAACAAGAAUAAUCUCUCGUACACUUUUAGGUACUAGAGAAACAGGACAAUGGCUGGAGUAGCCAAGACCAAGACUGAAUGUACAGCAGAGUGCCUUGUUAGCGUGCUAACCUCGUCUGGGAGGAAAGGAAUUAGAUGUUCCACGGGAAGGUGGGGGGCUGUGAAAGGGCUCCCUUGUUCGCCUGUGGAGAGCCCUUGGUGCACUAGCAUGAUGUCAAGAAGCUACUUCAUCAAGAAUAACAGCAAGAUGGUGGAAAGAGCAGUUGCAACCCAUGGCAUCAACAACAAAAGAAUGGUGAAGGAUGUCCCCGAACCCAUAGGCUAAGUCAGAAUUGGAAGCCAGGAUAUGGCAGUGGGUUUUAAGUUUUGCCCUCAGAAGAUAAACUGGGUGAGAUAUACAGGGGAGCAGAGCACUCACAUUCCCUAAUCUGCUGACGCUGAGGGGCCAAAAGUAAGAUCUGUUGGUUAGAAUUUUAAGAGUCUGAGUAGCCUUUCACUGUCAUUGGGGGCCAGUUGUGCUUCCAAACUCAGUCCAAGUUUGUGAACUUAGAAAACUCUAAACCAAGAGAUCUGAGCCUCUGGAAAUAUUAAUGAUAAUCCUGGAAAUUAGACUACCUAAAAUUGUAUUUUGAAGUCUCUAGCAUUAUAAAAUAUCCAUGCAAGAUCUUUGGGGCCUACUAAACAGUAGGGCAUAGAAGGAUUGCACUCCACUUCGCACAUUUGAAUUAAGAAUACUUUGGUGCUAGGAAAUUACCUUAGUUUUGCUGAUAGAAGUUUUCCCUAGAUGUUACCAGCAAUGAUCUGAAAAAAAAUGGGUUCCAAAAAUUGGGAUGGGCUCAGGAUACUGCACUGUAUUCUAAAUGAUUCUAGAUGUAUAAAUAAAGUAUGAACAUACUUGGGAUGGGCAGGAGCAACUUGACUUCCUGGGCUAAUUCUGACAUGUUUUUUAUUCCCCUUACUAGUUGACAAGGAGUAAAAAUUCUGGUUCAGCGUAAUGAGUGAACAGGAUGGCUGCCCAUGGUAGCAGGUGGUUUUACCUCAUUGAAGCCCAUAUUCUCAAAGGCCCGAAGUGCUGUCAGGGCCACUGUUGCUCAAGUGUGCACCGCAGCCCGUGCUGCCAGUCGCUCCAAACGCGGGGAUUCCAUGGACCAGCAACGACGCCAUUAGGGAGGCCCCGAGUGUGCCAUGCGAGAUUCCAGAUGGAGACUAUACCAAAGAAACCAAGCCUCUCUGUCCUGAUGUUUUUUAGGUGAUGAGGCGGAGUUAUGACAGAUGCCAUGGGAAGAGAAUUCACAUGCAUUCCACAUCCAGGUAUUCCGCUGAUCAAGUAAACCAUCCUCAAAAAAGCACCUAUUUUUUAAAAAACAAGUCCAUUUUGUGUAUGGGGUCGGGGCGAGUGGGGGGGGGAGAUGAUGCUAACGAAAACCUUGGGCAGAUUAUAAAUUCCCCAGCAUUUCAGGAGAAGGAACUAUCCCCUCCCAUUUACAUGAUUGUGACAAUCACCCAAACUUCAGCUUGGGAACAUCAUAUCCCUGUAAUACUAAAAGCUGAGGAUUUUUUUUUUUCUUUUUUUAAGAGAUGUGGUAGUUUCAAUAGGUUUGUUUAAAAAAAACUCUUGGGAAUUUUCUUUUUAAAAAUGUAGUAUUUUUUUAUAAACCGAGGUGUUCACCACUCAUCAUCACCACCAUUUAAUAUUUAUAAGUGCCCAGAAAGUACAAGGUGCUAUACAGCUGUUAAACACCCUCUCUCCACAGCUGUUUGAAAUUAGAGUAGGUUUUUGCGUCAGCCACUGCAGAAGCUUUUCCCCUUUUACCCGGGCGGGCUGCAGGGGCUUGCAUCCGGGACAUCCCGUCAGGUGUUUCCCAUGCCGGAGAGCCUCCGCGUUUAUUCCAGCUUCUCACUUUUCCCCACCCAUUUGCCUCCACUUUUAUUUUUCAAAUCAAGAAAGUUUCAGGGAAUCAAAAGAGGUCGGACAUUUUUUAACCUAGCAGAAGUACAGAGUCAUAUAUUUUGCUACAAAUAUUAUAUUAUGGAAAAUCCACUUUGCCCGUGUAGUGUGUGGAAAGUGUGUGUGUGUCCGCGCUCCCGAUAACUUGAAUGUUGAACCAGCCCUAUGGCUUCAGGGUAGCAUUUUUGAAAGAUAAACCACACUGCUUCAGGAAACUUGCUCCAAAUAACUACUUGGUUAUCCCCUCCCUUAGCAGUUUUAAAGGGUGUUACAUGCGAACACACCGGGAUGGGAUUUUUUUCUGUUGACAUGCCGGGCAUUUUGGUAUGAAAUGAGGGCAGAAGCAAGAUGUUGUCCUUCUCAGUGAUUUGAAUCAUGGCAGUCCUCAUUCCGCUCUCUCUUUCAUUCCCCACUGGUUCUGCCCAUGCUCGCUUUUUGAAAAUCUUGUUUCUUUUGUUCUUUCCUGGAGCAUCACCUCUCUACUUAACACAUUGUAGAGUUGUAGAAACCUACCAACGAAAGGUCCCCUCUGUCACCAGGCGGCGCCGCCCUUUGGUUUGCUGUGGUACUUUGCUGUGUUCUCUGUGGCAUCAUGUUACUGUGUAAAUAAAUUCAUUUUCAUACCCAGUAAAAA